AAUAGUCUUCUUUGUUUCAGGACACACACAAUAAAUAUGAUGAAUGGAAUAGAAACAGUUGCAAAUGGAGAAACAGUUGCAAAUGGAGGAACAGUUACAAAUGGAGAAACAGUUGCAAAUGGAGAAGCAGUUACAAAUGGGAUUGCUACCCCAUGUCGUGGUGCUCUUAUAGUUUUAGAAGGUGGUGAUAGAACAGGCAAGACUACUCAAGCGCAGAACUUGGUCCAGUUCUUGAACAGUGCAGGGAAACCUGCAAUAUUUAUGAGAUUCCCUGAUAGAACCACAAAGAUUGGCAGCAUUAUUGACAGCUACUUAGCAUGCAGUAGUGAACUGGAAGACCAUUCCAUCCAUCUUUUAUUUUCAGCCAACAGAUGGGAAAUGCUUCCAAAAAUUAUUUCAACAUUACUUAGCGGGACUUCAAUAAUAAUUGAUCGAUAUGCAUUUUCUGGAGUUGCUUUUUCAGCUGCUAAAGAGGGUAUGAAUUUGGAGUGGUGUAAGCAGAGUGAUGUAGGUCUUCCAAAGCCUGAUAGCGUACUUUUCUUGGACCUUAGUGUUGAAGCAGCUCAGAGUCGUGGCCAGUAUGGUAAAGAGCGGUAUGAGAAGGCUGAAUUUCAGAAGAGAGUUAAUGAGAAUUACCAUAAAUUGAGAGACGAAUCCUGGAAGAUAAUAGAUGCAAAUAAAACGGUUGAAGACUUGCAGAAAGAGUUGGUAGCAGAAGUUACGAAAGUCAUUGACAGUGUUGAUGGGGUAAAGAUAGGGAAGCUUUGGUUAUAGUGCAAUAUACUAUGAGGGAAUAGGCCCUGUAUGAAGUCUUAAAGGUUCUGUCCAUCAUUUCUUCAGCCUAACUGCAUAUCCUUUCACUUCUUACCACUUUUAAAAUUCUGCGGACCAACCCUCUGGGAGUCCAAGAGAUGUCAAUGGUUUUGUUAAAAGUAUAUUUUGAUAAUAGUAAUGUAUGGUAAGCAGUAUAUAUUAUUAGACAUAUCAUUGACAAAAGUGUUUUAGUUUGGAAGAUGUAAAAUGUGAUUAAUGUUAUUUUACUGUAGUUUACUCAUUAAUGAUUUUCAUUGACCUCUUGUUAGAGAUUUAAAGAUAAUAUUUUCAUGUCGGUCAAUUUUUUGCUUUAUGUAGAUUGGCUACUUCUAAGUCAUUUCAGUAGAAAAUUGUGAAAAUAAUUUUUUAUAUUCAUUGGUCAAACGAUACAUUUUUAAUUUAGAUAUAUAUGUAUGUAGCAGUUUUACAUAAUUUUGAAAACUAGGCAAUGUAAAAUAUUCUACUACUUGUGAUGUUUAAGGCUGAACAUAGCAAGGAUUCCAUUUUGGACAUACAGUGCUACUCCACUUUUUCGUGCUUCAUUUUGUCAUGGAUUUUUGUGGCACACAUUAUUCACUUUUCCAAAAGGGAACUUUCACUAAUUUACAGAUUUGUUCUAUGGACUGCAUCGCUAAUUUUAUUUUAUUUUAUUUUUUGUGUGUGUGUGUAGUAGAGCAACACUUUAUUCACUGAUUACUGUAUUUUUCCAUAUUGUGUUUGUGACUAAAUACUGAUUUUUAUAAUGAAAAUUAUUUACAGUGUAAAAGUAAUUUACAAUGUAUUCAAGAGGCCAUGAAAGUGUUUUUCAUAAACAACUAUUAAA